UCCAACUCACAUCGAGAAGAAACCCUUAUUUUCACAAUUUCUGAAAUGAACUGCAGGAUUUUCACCGAGUCUGAAAUAUAAACACAAUUCUCACUCCCUGAAAAGAGGCGAGUAAAAUAAAGGUUCAAAACACAGGAGGAAGAAAAUGGCUGAAUCUUCAUCACCAGCAAAAGACAGAAGAAGGAGCAGCAUGGAAGAACCAGAUUCAUUUUCUGGUGACUCCAGCAGUCUCCUGUCUGAAGAGCAGCUGCUGUGUUCGAUCUGUCUGGAUGUGUUCACUGAUCCACUCAGCACUCCAUGUGGACACAACUUCUGUAAGAGCUGCCUUACACAGUGCUGGGAGAAGAGUCAACACUGUCACUGUCCAUUAUGUAAAGAGAAAUUCACCAAGAAACCUGAACUGAAGAUUAAUACAACACUGAGAGAGGUUGCAGAUCUCUUCAAGAAGAAACGUGGUCCUGACAAACCUGGGGUUCUUUGUGAUGCCUGCACUGGAGAGAAGCUGAAGGCUCUGAAAUCCUGUCUGGAUUGUGGACUGACUUUCUGUAAAACUCAUUUAGAGCCUCAUAAUCAUGUUUCCAAACUUAAGAAACACAAACUAAUAAACGCUGUGGAGAACCUGGAGGACUACAUAUGCCAGAAACAUGAGAGACCGCUGGAGCUGUUCUGUAGAGAUGAUCAGACGUGUGUGUGUCAGUUCUGCACUGAGACAGACCACAAGAAUCACAACACUGUUCCUAUAGAGCAGGAGAGCGGAGAGAGGAAGACUCAGCUGGGGAAAACACAGACAGAUGUGCAGCAGAUGAUUCAGGACCGACUGAAAAAGAUACAAGAGAUCAAACACUCAGUCGAGCUCAGCAAAAGAAGCACAGAGAAAGAGAAAGCAGACAGUGUUGAAGUCUUCACUGCUCUGAUUCGCUCCAUUGAGAGAAGUCAGGCUGAGCUGCUCGAGGUGAUGGAGGAGAAGCAGAAAGCAGCAGAGAGGCAGGCUGAAGGACUCAUUAAAGAGCUGGAGCAGGAAAUCACUGUGCUAAAGAGGAGAGACACUGAGCUGGAGCAGCUCUCACACACUGAGGAGCAUCUCCACCUCCUACAGAUUUACUCCUCCAUGUGCAGCCCUCCACACACCAAGAACUGGACUGAGAUCAGUAUUAACACUGAUCUGAGUGGGGACACUGUGAGGACAGCUCUGUCUCAGCUUCAGCAGACUCUGAAUGAGAAACUCACUAAAACACUCGAUGACAAGGAAGCAGAACUGAAGAGGAUUCAGCAGUAUGCAGUGGAUGUGACUCUGGAUCCUGAUACAGCUCAUCCAUAUCUCAUCCUGUCUGCUGAUGGAAAACAAGUGACAUGUGGAGACAAACGACAGAAUCUCCCUGAUACACCACAGAGGUUUAAUCCGUGUGUUAAUGUUCUGGGAAAGCAGAGUUUCUCCUCAGGGAGAUUUUAUUAUGAGGUGCAGGUCAGAGGGAAAACUGCGUGGGGUUUAGGAGUUGUGAGAGAGAACAUUAACAGGAAGGGGGAGAUUACAGCGACUCCUCAGAAUGGAUUGUGGACUGUGGUACUGAGGAAUGAGAAUCAGUAUAAGGCUUGUGCUGGUCACUCUGUCCCCCUCACACUGAGAGAGAAGCUGGAGAUGGUGGGGGUGUUUGUGGAUUAUGAUGAGGGUCUGGUCUCCUUUUAUGAUGUGAAGUCCAGAUCUCAUAUCUACUCUUUCACUGGUCAGUCUUUCACUGAGAAACUCUAUCCAUACUUCAGUCCUUGUUUAAAUGAAGGAGGUAAAAAUUCAGCCCCACUGAUCAUCUCUCCUGUAUUAAAGACUGAAUGAAUUUUCAACUCACAAAUGUAAUCAUCUAUUAAAUGGUGAGAAUAAACAGAAAUAUUUUACUUUUUCUGGUUAAUUUUAGUAAUACAUAUUUCCCUUUAAA